ACGGAAGCCAACUUCUAGUAAAAAUGUUAAGGGUCGUACUAGGCUUUAAUAGGUGUUCGCGUUUUUACCGCUCGUUUUGCCUUUCUUAAGGGGGAAAGGCAUAGCGAUAGGGGUAAGCUAGCACCAGCAGCCUACUUCUAAUUCUAGCAAAAACAAUAAAUCGAAAAAGAACAAGAACGUUUUGAGUGCUAAGAAGGGUGGUCGACGCGUUUCUAUCACAGAGCUAGCAAGAAAAGUGGUUUCGCCACAGCAUCAACAGCAAGGAAAAAGUUCACCAACUACUGCUCCUCCUGGUAAUGGAAAUAUGAACCAGCAGCAACUAGGACAUCUUCAUCAGCAUCAUGGAGAGCAAAAUAGUAGUAAUAAUAUUUCUUCACCUAUUCGUCCCUUCGACGGUUACGACCUGGCAUCUCUAGAAGCUCGAGAAAAGUGGCUGAGAAGAAAGGCACACUCGGUUGGCGGAGGCAAGCGUGAUGGCGCGAGAAUUCGAAGACUUCAAUUUGGAUUCCUCUCAGGGGAACAACGAAAGGACUAUGAAGGUGAUGGAGAAGAAGGUCACC